AUGAGAGUGUUGGCACCAGCCUGGAGCCCAACUACCUCCCUGCUGCUGCUGCUGCUGCUGAGCCCCGGCCUCUGCGGGACCCCAGACUGCUCCUUCCCCCACAGCCCCAUCAGCUCCACCUUCGCGGACACAAUCCGCAAACUGUCUGACUACCUGCUUCAAGACUACCCAGUCACGGUCGCCUCCAACCUGCAGGACGACAAGGUCUGCGGGGCCUUCUGGCGCCUCGUGCUGGCCCAGCGCUGGAUGGGACAGCUCAAGACUGUGGCGGGGACCCAGAUGGAAAAGCUGCUGGAGGAUGUCAACACGGAGAUAGACUUUGUCACCUCCUGUGCCCUCCAGCCCCUCCCUAGCUGUCUUCGCUUCGUCCAGACCAACAUCUCCCACCUCCUGCAGGACAUCUCCGCGCAGCUGCGGGCCCUGAAGCCCUGGAUCACCCGCCGGAAUUUCUCGGGGUGCCUGGAGCUGCAGUGCCAGCCGGACUCCUCCACUCUGCUGCCCUCAGCGAGUCCCCUGGGCUUGGCAGCCACAGCCCUGCCGGACCCUCAGGCCUCUUUGCUGUUCCUGCUGCUGCUGCCUGCGGCUCUGGCACUGCUGACCGCCGCCUGGUGCCUGGGCUGGCGGAGGAGGAGGCGGCGGAGGCCCUGCCCCGGGGAGCAGCGAACCCCGAGGCCCGGAGCGAGGAGCCAGCCUGCCGAGGACGCGGAGCCGGCGCUCGGAGGAAGCCAGCCGGAGCCCGGGGCCUGCCCGGGCGGCGCUGCCCCCGCCCCGGCGCCCCCGGCACAGAGGCCCCGCCAGCCCCGCCCGCCCGCCCCGCCCGCCCCGCUCUGUACGCGGCCCUCGUCCCCGGCAGCUUGUACAUAA